ACGCUCAGAGGAAAACUGACCAAUCGCGUUGCUCGUUGUUGUCGGUUGACCAAGUUCCUUUCAGGAGCUCUCCUCGUCAACAUGUCUUCAUCGGAGGCUAAUAAUGGCCCAAGUCAAGCGCCACCUUAUCCAGGUGUCCCCCCCUCAGGGAUGCCACCCCCUUUUAUGGGACCUCCAGGAAUGCCGCCUCAUUUCCCUCCCAUGGGAAUGCCCCCUAUGGGACAGCGACCUCCCAGCAUGACUCCUAUGCCACCUGGUAUGAUGCCCCCUGGUAUGAUGCCACCAAUGGGGGGACCUCCAAUGGGACAGAUGCCAGGCAUGAUGCCACCCAUGAUGCCAGGGAUGAUGAUGCCCCCUCGCAUGCCAGCUGCGGCAAUACAACCAGCAGGACCGCCUGGUGUGGAGUCCACAGCUGCUGCACCUGGAACAUCUAGUACUACAAAUGGCUCUCCACAGGAAGAACAGCCAAAGAAGAAGUCCCUGUGGACAGAGCACAAAUCUCUGGAUGGAAAGACCUAUUAUUACAAUACAGAGACCAAGCAGUCCACAUGGGAGAAACCAGAUGAUCUCAAAUCUCCUGCAGAACAAAUGCUGUCCAAAUGCCCCUGGAAGGAGUACAAGUCAGACACAGGGAAGCCUUAUUACUAUAACUCCCAGACUAAGGAGUCCAGAUGGACCAAACCCAAAGAACUAGAGGAUCUGGAAGCCAUGAUCAAAGCAGAGGAGAACGGAACGACAGAGGCUGUGGCACCCGGCACCACCCCGGCCCCUGCUCUGCAAGCAGAUCCCACUGCCACUAUGGCAACUGUGAUGGAGGCAGAGACCGCAACAUCAGUCUCAGAGGAGCACCUGUCCCAGGCGGCCAUGCAUCACACAGCUGAGGUCAACACCACAGAUGCACCCGCGGCUGCCCCAGAGAGCUCAGCUGCCACGGAAACGGCAGCCAGUGUUGAUGUUACCAAGGAGGAGCGCCCAGAACUUCAGAAGAAGACUUACAAGUGGAACACAAAAGAAGAGGCCAAACAGGCCUUUAAAGAGCUGCUAAAGGAGAAGGGUGUGUCAUCGAAUGCCUCUUGGGAACAAGCUAUGAAAAUGAUUAUCAACGACCCUCGCUACAGUGCCCUUCCAAAACUGAGUGAGAAGAAGCAGGCAUUCAAUGCCUAUAAGGUCCAAACAGAGAAAGAGGAAAAGGAAGAGGCUAGGAUUAAAUACAAGGAGUCCAAGGAGACCUUUCAGAGGUUCUUGGAGAACCACGAGAAGAUGACCUCUACCACUAGAUACAAGAAAGCAGAGCAGAUGUUUGGAGAGCUUGAGGUGUGGAGCUGCGUCCCUGAGAGAGACAGACUGGAGAUCUAUGAAGAUGUCUUGUUCUACCUGGCUAAGAAAGAGAAGGAACAAGCCAAGCAGCUGAGGAAGAGGAACUGGGAGGCUCUGAAGAACAUUCUGGACAACAUGGCCAAUGUCACCUUCCGCACCACAUGGUCGGAGGCCCAGCAGUACCUGCUGGACAACCCCACGUUUGCAGAGGAUGAAGAGCUGCAGAAUAUGGACAAGGAGGAUGCCCUUAUUUGUUUUGAGGAGCACAUCCGGGCCCUGGAGAAGGAGGAAGAGGACGAGAAGCAGAAGACUCUUCUCAGGGAGAGGAGACGACAGCGCAAGAACAGAGAGGCCUUCCAGAAAUUUUUGGAUGAGCUCCAUGAUCACGGUCAGCUCCACUCCAUGUCUGCCUGGAUGGAGAUGUACCCAACCGUGAGCUCGGACAUCCGCUUUGCCAACAUGCUGGGCCAGCCGGGUUCCACUCCCCUGGACCUGUUCAAAUUUUAUGUAGAGGACUUGAAGGCUCGUUAUCAUGAUGAAAAGAGGAUUAUUAAAGAUAUUCUUAAGGAUAAGGGUUUCUUGGUUGAAGUUAACACUGGCUUUGAAGACUUUGGAUCCAUCAUCAGCUCAGACAAGAGAGCCACCACUCUGGAUGCAGGCAACAUUAAGCUGGCUUUCAACAGUUUACUGGAGAAGGCUGAGGCCAGAGAAAGGGAACGAGAGAAGGAGGAGGCCAGGAAGAUGAAAAGGAAGGAGGCAGCUUUUAAAAGCAUGCUGAAGCAGGCCACACCACCGCUGGAGCCAGAGGCCACAUGGGAGGGAGUCCGAGAAAGAUUCCUAAAAGAAUCUGCCUUUGAAGAUGUUACUCUUGAGUCAGAGAGGAAAAGGAUAUUCAAAGACUUCAUGCAUGUCUUGGAGCAUGAAUGCCAGCAUCACCAUUCCAAGACAAAGAAGCACUCCAAAAAGUCCAAGAAACACCACAGGAAACGGUCUCGCUCUCGAUCGGGCUCAGAGUCUGAGGACGAUGAAUACCACAAGAAGAAGAAGAGGUCACAGUCAAAGUCCCCAUCUGACCGGUCUUCCAGUGGAGAAUCCGAGAGAAGCUAUAAAAAGUCCAAGAAGCACAAGAAGAAGGGCAAGAAGAGACGCCACAAAUCUGCAUCACCUGAGUCAGACAACGAGAAAAAAGGAAGGGAGCGGGACGGGAAGCGUGAAAAAGACCUGGAGAAAGAUAAAGAGAAUGACAAGUCCCGGGGAAAAAGUCACUCAGACUCCAAACAGAAGUCUCCUAAACGGAAAGCAGCCAAAGAGGAGGGUGGCUGGGAUACCUCAGGCAGCGAGCUGAGUGAAGGAGAGCUGGAGAAGAGGAGGAGGACUUUACUGGAACAGCUUGACGCACCGUGAUCAGCCCUCUUCAGCUGUGCUUUCAUCUUCAUCGUCCACUUCUACAAACAUGCAUUCCCUCCCAUGCUCAUCUGACUGUUCAGCUCAUAUCGCACUGGAUGGACCGUGUAGGGGAACAUCUUCCUCUGUUCUGUUUGGGGAUGUUACACUGAGCUCAUAUGCGUACUUGUUGACUGAUUAAUUUGAUAAUAGGGUGAUCUACUGUGACAUGUCAGAGAACCCUUUUGCUUUUGUUAUGCUUUAGAUAUAUUUUUUAGUCAGUUGUAGCUGUAUAUGUUUUUCCUUCACCAACAAUUUUGAUAUUCAAUUAAAAGCAAAUCUUAACGCCAUGUUGACUGACUCUACCUUGUGAAGCGUGGCCAAACCAGAAAUCAUCUGCUGAGGGAACGCAGACACUCGUCCCCAUGGCCAGUGCUGCAGAAACCUUUUAACUUAAUUGAAGCUGUAUGGCCAAGGAUUCAUCAAGUAAAAUGUUGAUUGGAGCAUUUACUGAAAUUCUCUAAUUUAUAUCUCUACAUGUAAUGAAAUACUAUUUUCAUUGAUGAUGUUUCUAAUUGGAAACUUCUAGGAUCCAGUGAGGUUUUAGUCAAACUUGACCUUUUACACAAGAAAGGUCUGUGGUUUAAUUUCUUCAAGUACAUGUUUAAAGUUCAACCCAUCUCUAUUCUUAAUUUUAGCUACUGCUAGGAAUACCGUUACAGCUUUCUGACUAAACCUUUGUGUGUGUGGCCUUAAAGUAUUGCACCGCUAGUGAUCAUGCUGAGCUGUCAGAUAAAGGAAUACGGUCCUUCAUGAAUAGAUAAACCAGUUGAGAGAAGGAAAAAGAGACUCGGUGCCCAGUAUGAAUUCAUUAAAUUCAAAGUUGUAUGAAAGGUUACAUUGACGAUUGAGUAAUGUUCUUAAAUGUUCAUGAAAUUAUCCUUGAAAGAAUGCUGAAAAAAUUAACCAUUUUGGUCAU